AUGGCUUAUCGAGACGUCUGCCACCAGCGACAACGCCCCUCUCUCGAUGAAAUCCUGCCUGCCGACGGAGUCAUCGACGAGGUCGCGGUGACUUCGUCUUCGGCCUCUCCAGCUUCAAUCUCGCCUCAGUCUCCAGCUGCAGCCUUACCUCGCUUUCCAGUAGCGGCGAACCCUUUCUUUGAAGCACCAGCGCCACUUGCCUUGACACCUCCUGCUAACGACGUCUCACCAUCUCAGAACUACUCUGUGUUUACCACUGCUCAGAAACGCUUUAUUGUCGUCAUGGUAACACUCGCGGCAUUCGUAUCUCCCCUCUCCGCUCAAAUAUAUUACCCUGUGAUGCCGAUGCUCGCGGAUACCUACGGGUUCAACUCCAUGGCUCCCAUCAACUUGACGAUCACAACCUAUAUGCUGCUUCAGGGUCUUGCUCCGGUGAUUCUGGGACCAGUCUCCGACGCUUGCGGUCGUCGACUCGCGUAUAUCCUGUCGUUCAUUAUUUUCACGGCAGCAAAUAAUGGGCUUGCGUUGCAGGAGAGUUACGCGGCACUUAUGGCAUUGCGUUGUUUGCAAAGUGCGGGAGGUAGUGGAACGGUGAGCUUUGGGUAUGGAGUCAUUGCUGAUAUUUCGACACCUGCUGAGCGAGGCUCGUAUACUGGUAUCAUGGCGGCGGGGGUCAUGAUCGCGCCGGCGUUGGGCCCGGUGAUUGGAGGGCUCAUCGCGAGCUUUUUUGGUUGGCGCAUAGUGUUUUUGUUCCUGGCUCUUCUUAGUGGUGUGUUUCUUGCGGUUUAUGUACUUUUCGUUCCGGAGACUGCGCGGAGAAUCGUUGGGGAUGGGAGCGUUGUGCCGAAGGAGUGGUGGAGGAGGCCUGUUGUCCAGUGGUGUACACAUAGGGCUCUCCCUCGUACAGAGCGUGUACAGGGAAAUGGCACAAGCCCAUCAGCAUCCACAUCAACAAACGCGAGGCUUCAUCUGUUCAACCCCCUUUCUGCCCUAUCCAUCCUCUUGCACGCCGAUGCCCUGAUCCUGAUAAGCACAAUUGGUCUCCUCCUGUUCAGCAACAUUGCCAUUCUGACCAGCACUCCAUACCUCUUCACGGUCAUAUACGACCUUUCCACCCUCCAAAUUGGCCUCUGCUUCCUCCCACUAGGUGUAGGCGCCUCUCUUGGAGCGAUCAUCACUGGGAAGAUCCUAGAUUGGAAUUACCGAAGGCAUGCCAGCGCCCUCUCCUUACCACUAGACACGAAUCGGACCACAGACCUCAGGGAUUUUCCAAUCGAACACGCCCGUCUUCAAGCGUUCUUCCCAGCAAUCCUGUUAUGCCUUGCAACGAUUAUACCAUAUGGCUUUGCUCUGCAAGCCUCAGCACACAUCUCUGUACCACUGGUGCUACAAUUCUUCAACGGGUUCGCGACGAUUUCUACAACAAACGCCCUGAAUACCUUGCUUGUUGACCUAUUCCCUGAUAGGCCGGCGACGGCCGCGGCAGCGUGCAAUCUUGUGAGAUGCUGGCUUGGGGCAUUAGGUGCAGCGGUGGUUGAGAAUAUGCUUAGGGACAUGGGGCUCGGUUGGUGUUUCGUGGUUUUAGGCGUGGUUUUCGGACUGGGUGGCGCGAUGGGAUGGGUGGAGUAUGUAUUUGGCCGGGGAUGGAGGGAGAAACGAGCUGCGGGGAUAGACGAGAGUGAGAAGAAGAGGAACGGGAGAACUGCCACAGCGGCUGGAGCCGGAGGUGAAAGUGGUAUUUGUACGAGCACUGCUGAGGAAGGAGCGAAGGGCCAAGCACCUGCCUGA